AAGCCACCAGGCAGAGGGGGCCCCUCCAAUACUGAGCCUCCGAAAGGGCCUCUUCCAGGCAGUCACCAGGAAGAAGCCCUGGAGAAGGCGGACUCUUGACUUCCUGCCCAAGCCCUGCUGGCCCAGUGGAAAGAGGACAGUGUGUGCUGGGGCGGGGAGGGGGCAUGGACGCUCCCUGUCCUGUGGAGGCUCCAGAGCCAGGCCUAGCACUAGAGAGGGGCUUGUCUCUGUAAGAACAGGGCGUUGUUUCAGCUAACCUGAGGGGGCCCAGCCAAAGGUCCACAGGACCUCUGAUUCUAAGCUAGCAGUGGGCCAUGCAAAUGAGAGUCAGACAUGCAAAUAUAUACAAAGCUGCUGCCAGGCCUCCUGAGCCACAGAUUCAGAAAUGCUGGGAGGGGCAGGGCCACCCACGUGGUAUCUGCUCCCAACCCCAUCCCCCCCAGGUGGCAGGUCCAGUCUAUAGUGCCCAUGCUCCACGGAGGGAUGAAGGCAAGCCCCAGGUGCCAGGGGGUGUCCCCAGCGUCAAGUACUCUAUGGCAGAGAAGUUGAGGGCACCUCUACCUUCCCGAUCAAGCCAGGGCAUCCAGGGCUCAGGCCAAAUACCACGAGGACUGGGCUACUCCCCCAGUCCCAGUAGUCUCCAAAGGCCAACUCCAAAGGCCAUCAUUCCUGGCUACCACUUUGUCCCACAAACUGGGAAGAAGUUUCUUCAUAAGACAAAGAGAGGAGCCCCCAAAGCCUCUAGCUGCCCACCAGUCACCUACUGCUUGCCUGUCAGGCCCAAGAACCCUGGGGCUUGGGGUCAGAGCCAACAGAGGCCCAAGAAGAUUGUGUUUGAAGAUGAGCUUCCUCUUAAGAACCCUAAGGUGACUCCUGGGUUGGGUCCUCAGCCGGGCAAGGGCCCCACAGAGUUCGCCAGCCCUCCACCUGAGCGCAUCCCCCAGCCUCCACUGGUACCUGACUAUGUGCUGUGAAUACCAGCAAUCUAUAGUGAGGUGGAGAGGCGCCGCUACAAGGCAGUGUUUCAAGACCAGCAUGCUGAGUACCAGGAGAUCCAUCAGGCAGUGGCCACAGCCAAGGCCAAAUUCCAGGAGCUGGAAGCCCUGCUGGCAACACUGCCCCAGCCAGGCCCCAAGGAAGAAGCCCGCCUUGCCUGGGGUCCGGAGGGAAUUGGAGAGGAAGAGAAGGUGAGUGAGGGACUCCCAGGACCUUUAAGUCAUCCCUCUCUUCCCUUGCCUGGGAAUCACCCUAAGGCAGGCUUCCUAGAAGAGCAAGGCCAGGGUGACAGUUUCAUCAAGGAGUUAGGAGAAGAGUUUGGACCCGUUUUCCUGGAGAAGCAAGCCCGCUGUGACUACCUGAAGAGGAAAUUGAGGCACCUCAAAGCACAGAUCCAGAAAUAUGAUGAAAAAGUCCAGGACGGCUCCGUUUAUUUCUGAAGCAGAUAUUGCCCAUGCCCUGGGGCAAAGACAGUAGCCAUUCCUGCCCAAGCCAGCAUCAGUACGUGGGUCAGGAUGCUGCUUUGAGAUGCCAGGGACUCCCUGCAGUCCCCUCUUCAUCAAUGAAAAACAAGGCUGCUUUAGCUAGGCCUGGAGAUAGGGGUUGGCCUUUUGGUAGUGAACGUCACCGAGGGCUUUGCCCAUGGGCGGGACACCCGUGGGCUGGGGGAGCAAGUGAAUGCCUAUAGAGAAGAAAGCAUUUCUGAGAAGGGGCAGCAAGUGGGAACCUCCUCCCUACAAGGGGACAGAUGGGCUGGGAGUCAGGAGACCUAGCUUCUAGGCCCUGUGGUGCUGUUGACUUGGCCUGACCCUAGACCAAAUCCUUUCUCCUUUGUGCUUUCCUUGUCUUCUUCUGUUUCGUUCCUGUAUAAGAUGGAGUAUAAGAAGACAUGGACUAUUUGAGGUCCCAAAUUCAGCUCUGACCUGUCUUCUAAGAGACCUCCCUCUAGUCCCAAUGUAGGGGCCAAAUUUAAUAUGGGGAAAGUUAAUUGGGUGGCUCGCUGUAAUACUGGGAGAAGAAACUUUGGAGCUAGAAGUCCCUCAUUAUUUUCUGAACCCCAAUAUUAUGGCGAGCCACCCAAUUAACUCUGCCCAUAUUAAAUUUGGCCCCUACACCAAUAUUCUAUGCUCUAUAGUCCUUCUAGCUCUGACAUU